UUGGUGUACUAUACGCUUCAGCUUAAUACAGUAUUCACCAUUGUUAUUCAAGCCUGUAUGCUGUCACGAUUACAUUUAUAUUUUGCUCUGUGACAGAAUGCAGAAGACUAGGAAGGUCUUUGUAAGUCUCCUUCUGCUUAUCCUGUCUGUGGAUAUCUGCUUGGCUCAGCACUGGUCAUAUGGCUUGCAACCAGGAGGAAAGAGGAAUGCUGAAAACCUUGUUGAGUCAUUCCAAGAGAUGGCAAAUGACAUGGAAAAAUUUGGAGAAAUGCAGCAGUUUGAAUGCAAUGGCCCCCAUCAGCCCUCCAAGCUCAGUGAUCUGAAGGAAGCUCUGGCAAAUCUGAUGGAAGGAGAAACUGGACGUAAGACGACUUAAAUCUAUGAAGCCAAACAGAACAAUGGGUCCAUUAAAGUCACAUUUCAAAUCAAUGCUUUAAAUCCGAGUUCUAACCUCUGCUUAGAUUACGUGACGUGCCUAUGUGUUUGAAUACAAAAAAGCCACAUUUUGAUGUUGGAAAAUACUUUAGCAUAGAAUUAUUAGGCUUUUGCACAAAAGGAAUCGUGCUACAAGCCGAUGAAGAGAGACUGGAUUGACACUCACAAGACCUGGCUUCUGUUUCUUGCUCUGUCACUGACCUGCAUUGCAAUCCUGGACAAGCUGCUUCACCUUGGCUUUUGUUUCACAACACCUAGCAAAAUGGGGCCCUGCUCUUGGCCGUGGGCUCUGGAUGCUACUGUAAUAAAAAUAAAACAAAAAACCAAAUAAAAGGCUACCUGCUAUUCAGUAACAUGGAAUUUCAUUUUGCAUUUUAAUAGUCCACACACAGAAGAUAUGUUUGCUUGUUCACCCAUAAAAACUACAUUUUUUAAAAAAAAAAAUAUUUACAAAUUUUACAUUUAAUACAAUGUUUUAAAAACACAGACAUUUAUACACCUUGCUUUACAGUGUUUGUAAGUCAUAUGCUUUUUUUUUUCCCCCCACUUUGAGGGGAUGCAACAUCCCUUUUCCAAAGCUUAGCGCCGACUCUUUCUUCAGAGCCCGUUUAAAAAGCUGCUUUUAUUGCUGGUUUGCCUAUGAAGGAGUAACAAAACAUCUUGCAGCCUGUAGUGGUUUUAAAGCAAAGUCAUCAUGUCAAGAAUCACAAAGGAAUCAAAACGGUCAUACUUGCAAAGAAUAUAUAUAGUCAGGAGACUUACCAAGCCAUUGCUCUACUCCAUAGUACUCCAUAGAGCAAUGGCUUGGUAAGUCUCCUGAAUUCAAGAGGGAUAUAUCCCCAGGUCAUGGCAUUACACCUUUAAUACCAAUAGCAUCAGUUAUUGCAACCUAGUACAUAUUUUUAGAGCUGCUGAGUACAUACAGCUUUGUUUGAAAGUAACAAACUGCAGAUAGAUGGCCAGCAUCCCUGUAAGGGCAGUUAGAAGUACAAAUGUACACCUCCUCGCCCCAAUCUAAUUCCAGUUACCUAAAUGGUAAUCUUUCCAUUGACUGAUAUGGAAGAUUGCUAGGUCAACAGCACACACCUUAACAUCACGUGACAUUACUUUUUGUGAUGGGGUUCUCCACCACACAUAUUGUUCCUAGUGGGAUAUGUUCUUUAAUUCCAGAGGUGGUUAUUUAUUACACUAGAAGUCAGUGGGAUUUUUCAUGGACACAGAAUUAAACCAUCUUUGUGUAUUUUUGAAAAUUCCACCCUUCAAUGUCAUGAGAGCCAUGACACAGGAUUUAAUUUUUCUCUAGAGUUCCAGAGGGAGGUUCUCCCUGGUCCACUGGAUAAUUUGGUCUGAAAAUAAAUGCAGUGAAUUUAAAGCAGCUUUUAAUAUAGAAUGCAAAGCAUUGAAAAAGGGAAGCAGCAUUGUUCAGGAAUGUUUUCACUACCAAAAA